CCCCUCUCCCCAACUUUUAUAUAAACCAAUAGCAGGGUCACCAAGGAGCCAACUUGUUGCAAUCUAGAGAGCUUCAUCUUUCAGUUCAGACACCAAGAACAAGAAGCAACUCCACCACCAUAUAGGUAUCUCUAGCUCUAGCUAGGUAGUAGCAUCUAGGACACCAAGGGCAUUGGCAAUGGCAGGCUUCUCACACCUCCCACAGCAGAUGGAGCAUGGCCUCAUCACCAACAAUGGCUUCCUCUUCUGCCAUGGCAGCCAUGGAGGAGCAGCAACCACCACAGCUCCAGCCAUCCCUGAAGAUGCCUCAAUGGAGACCUCAUCUGUGGUUCUUGACACCUCUCCACAGGACAAGAAGAGGAAGCCCAGGGAAGAAGACACUGCCAGCCUCAACUCUGCUCACUCCAAGGAGGCAAAGGAGAAUGGCAGGAAGAGGGGAGGGAAGAAACACAGCAGGGAUCAGAUGGAGGAGGAGGCACCUCAGGGGUUCAUCCAUGUCAGGGCAAGGAGAGGGCAAGCAACAGAUAGCCACAGCCUUGCAGAGAGGGUGAGGAGAGAAAGGAUCAGUGAGAGGAUGAGGAUGCUGCAGGCUCUGGUCCCUGGUUGUGACAAGGUCACUGGAAAGGCUCUCAUUUUGGAUGAGAUCAUCAACUAUGUGCAGUCCUUACAGAACCAAGUUGAGUUCCUUUCCAUGAGGAUUGCAUCUCUGAGCCCUGUGCUGUAUGGGUUUGGCAUAGACAGUGAUGCUUUCAGUGACCACUCUCAGAAGAUGGAAGGAAUGUUCCAUGAGGCAGUUGCAAUACCAGCUUCUGUCCUGAACAGAGGUAGUAGCCCAGCUCAAUCUCAUGCCAUCAUGGACACAUCAAACACCUCUCCUACACCCUACACACUUCAAGUCCAGGGAGGCAGCAACAACAACUCUCUCUCCCAGGACAAUGGCAGCUACAUCAUGCAAACAGUAGGGGAGCCAAGGCAAGAACUGUUCAAUCAAGUGGUGCUCAAUAAUUACAUGUGCUCUUUCCAGUAGGGAGGAGAGGGUGAGAGACAAAAGGCUAGGAGAAGGGACCCUACAUUGACAAUAGCAGGAGGGAAUAAUAAUAUGAUUCGAUGGUUUGUGGAAGCACCAGAUGAGUUUGAGAUGUUGGAUCGAGUCCAUCCCCUUGUCUGGUGGCAUGCAUGCAGUAAUUAAAGAGUUGUACUAGAGCUAGGAUCAAUUUAAUUAGAAGUAGUAGUCUCUUCUUUGUCAUUGCCAUUGUACUCUACUUAGACAAAAACAAGCGACCAUUUGUUCAUAUGAAAGGGUCACUGAAUUUGCUGCUGUCUCAAGGGCGAUGCAACAAUCUCUGAAUCUUUGCAA